AGGUUGGCAGCCCUCCAGCCUUAAGUAGAUUGCAAGCCUUCAGGAGUAUAAGUUCAGCUCUGCUAAGAAACCAGGGAUGAUCUUUCCGUGCCUAAGAGAGGCAAAAAGCAGAAGCAGAAAAUGGAGAAAGCAAAUGAGCUGAUGUCUUUGCCUGGGGAGGUCCCAGACAGGUUGGUCUGGUUUGCCAGAAAGCCAGGAUGUUGCAUUAUAUCUGUGCGCGUGUAUGGCAGUGGAUUCUCUGCCUGGUUGAUUAUAAUUCCUCUUACAAACAGGAGGCAGGCUUCAUUGGUUUCCUGGGACUCUACCUGAUGUUUGGAUAUGGGGCUUCUCUCCUCUGCAAUCUCAUUGGCUUCACCUAUCCAGCUUACGUCUCCAUCAAAGCCAUUGAGAGCUCCACCAAGGAUGAUGACACAAUGUGGCUGACCUACUGGGUGGUCUAUGGCCUCUUCAGCGUUGCUGAAUUCUUUUCCGACACCUUCCUGUACUGGUUCCCAUUUUACUAUGCUGGCAAGUGUCUCUUCUUGGUAUGGUGCAUGGCUCCCGUUUCGUGGAACGGCUCCCAGUUUCUCUACCGUGGUUUCAUCCGUCCGUGGUUCCUGAAGCACCACCAGACAGUGGACAACGUCCUAAGUGACCUUAGCGGCAGAGCCCUCAACGUAGCCUCUGCAGCUUCCAGGGAAGUAUCCAAAGAAGCCAUGAAAUGAGCCUUCGAAAAAGAAGACCUACGUGAUGACUGGUUUUUUAAAAAAAACAAACCUCACCCCCCCAAAAAAGACUGAAGUUCUAGAUUUUCCCUGCCAUGAGCUACAGAAAGAAACGUGCUUGCCCACCUGUGAAUGAAGGCAUCUUCUUUUCUCAUCUCUCGGGUCUCUUCUCCCCCCACCUCUGCUCCAUGUUUUGGCAACACAACUUCCAAUGCAAAUUCUUUGCGAAAUCAUCUGUUAUUUUGGUUUUUCAAGCGAGCAGUGUUAUUUCCCAUUCCCCCAAAGGAAGUGCUGGCUGCUUCUCCACUGGCGCCCAAAGCGAUCUCGUAUAGUUUUCCUAAGAUCCAGCAGGAGGCGUCACUGCUUUUAGGGUCUGUGGGAGUCCACAAGGGUGCGGUUCAGAAAUGUAAACAAUUGAACCCCUUUAAGAAGCUAAAAGUGUUUCCCUGUUUUUAAAAAAUGGUUCACUGGGAAGAGGGCAAGGGGACACCUAGAUCGUCUUCCUCUUUCCCUCUCAAGUGCUGUUGCCGUUAUAGAUCUGCAGUCAAGAACGUUUUCAGCGGCAACCUUUAAAUAUCCCUGCAAAACAAAGGUGAGUGACGUUUGCAGGGCCUGCUAACCAGCCGCUUUGUAUUUGAAACAAGGAAGCAGCUCCUAACUUUGCCUCUGCCCUCUGAUCUGGAAUGGUUGACUUAAUUCUUCUGAAGUCUGUUAAAUGUUUGUUGAAUGCGUUGGGGGUCGACAGGGCGGAGUGGUGGGGGAGCAUCAAUCGAAGACAAUAAAAAACUGGGACAAAGGGUAAUAUUGAUACUACUUAGCCCCCCUCCUUUUGAAACUGUGCAUGGGAGUUGUUCCCAUCUCUGAAAGUAUUGGGGGGUGGGGCAUAAAAAUACAUUUAGGCCUUCUCAAAAUGCAGAUUUUGCAGUAUUGCUAUUACACAUUGGUCUCGAGAAGGUGACUACACAUCACCAAAAUGGAACGCGGCUAGACAGGACACUCUCCGUUGGGAGAGUCGUAGCUCUUCCCCCCCCCCCCACCCCCAAGGGAGUGUAAUUGUGUGCAUGGAGUAUUUCGAAUAUGGCAAGAUUUUAACGUUCUCAAGGUUCUGUUCAUCUAAGUUUCUGUUUACUCAGUGGAGUCCUACAGAUGCUGUUCUUGUAAUGUUCUCAGGUGCCGUUUGCAAGCGUAGUUUUUAUUGCCUUUUAGAAAGGUAAUGGAAAAACUGGCACUGGAUCUCCUCCUGCUACUGGACUCUUUUUGAUCCUCCUAACUGUGUGACUCAGGAAUACAUGGAAGCUUCGAACGGAGCAUUUCAGUGCGGGCUGCCUGUCUAUUUGAUUCAUCGGCUCUCUUCCCAACCAGAACUUCCUUAACGGGGUUCACAAUGGGAAACAGAGUUUGCCAAAUCUUGAGUUUGGGAAACAGAGUUUGCCAGAUUUUGAGAGGUGGAGGAAAAAUCUGUUGCAAAAUACUUGCCAGCAACCAUUUUGAAAAUGUGAAUUUUGAGAAGGUUUCAGGAAGUUUGGGCUUUCUGUCUUGUACAAUUGCUCUGAAGGCUGAUGGUGUAACUUCUCUCUGUUUUCUGAUUGGUGGCUGGCUGCUACUGAGUCUUGGGUGGGGGGACGUCAGCUCAUGGAGUUUACUGUUCUUUGAUUUGUUGAAUCAGUUCUGUGCAAUAAACUAAAUGCCGUGGUUAAAGA